AGAGGGAGAGAUGAUGAGACUGAGAGUAUUGGCAAAGCGAGCGAGUUGGUUUAUUGAGGAGAGAAGCAGCGUUAAUCUUCUCCAGAUAAGAAAGUAUUGUUUAGGAGUCCUCCCGGACGGCAUCGACCGCAACUCCGAUGCCUUCCGUCGCAACUGUGAAGCCAUGGAUGGACUCAUCUCCCAACUUCAAUCUCACAUCGAUAAGGUUCUCUCUGGGGGCGGUGCUGAAGCUGUAAGGAAAAACAGGAGUCGGAAUAAACUUCUUCCCAGAGAACGGAUUGAUCGUUUAAUUGAUCCUGGCUCUUCGUUCCUCGAGUUCUCACAGCUUGCAGGCUAUGAACUGUAUCAAGAAUCCUUACCAUCUGGAGGGAUAAUCACUGGAAUAGGACUGGUGCAUGGACGGCCUUGCAUGUUUGUGGCUAAUGACCCCACUGUCAAGGGGGGAACGUAUUACCCCAUUACUGUUAAAAAGCAUCUUAGAGCACAAGAAAUCGCUGCCCAAUGCAACUUACCAUGCAUCUAUCUUGUUGACAGCGGAGGUGCUAACCUUCCAAGACAGGCAGAUGUCUUUCCUGACAGAGAUAAUUUUGGUAAAAUAUUCUAUAAUCAAGCCCAAAUGUCUGCACAGGGUAUUCCUCAAAUUGCACUGGUUUUGGGUUCUUGCACAGCUGGAGGUGCUUAUAUACCUGCAAUGGCUGAUGAAAGUGUGAUAGUUAAAGGAAAUGGUACCAUAUUUUUAGCUGGCCCUCCUCUAGUGAAGGCUGCUACAGGAGAGGAGGUUUCAGCAGAGGAUCUGGGCGGUGCAACCAUGCAUUGUAAGAUAUCAGGUGUCUCUGAUCAUUUUGCUGAAGAUGAGCUGCAUGGACUUGCUAUUGGGAGGAAUAUCGUCAAGAACUUGCACAUGGCUGGAAACCAAGGAAUGAUGUCAAAUGGUCUUCUUGAUUUUAAAGAUCCAUUAUAUGAUGCAAAGGAGCUCCGUUCCAUUGCACCAACAGACCACAGGCAGCCUUUGGACAUCAGAUCAGUAAUUGCUCGUAUUGUCGACGGCAGUGAAUUUGACGAAUUCAAGAAGUUGUAUGGCACUACUCUUGUAACAGGUUUUGCAAGGAUAUUUGGACAACCUGUUGGAGUUAUUGGAAACAAUGGAGUAUUAUUUACGGAGUCUGCUCUAAAAGGAGCCCAUUUCAUAGAGUUAUGUGCUCAGCGUAACAUUCCUUUGUUAUUUCUUCAGAAUAUUACUGGAUUUAUGGUUGGGUCAAGAUCUGAGGCAAGUGGUAUUGCCAAAGCAGGAGCAAAAAUGGUUAUGGCAGUUUCCUGUGCAAAGGUCCCUAAAAUAACGAUCAUCAUUGGUGGGAGUUUUGGUGCUGGUAAUUACGGAAUGUGUGGGCGUGCAUAUAGUCCUGAUUUCCUAUUCAUGUGGCCAACUGCCAGAAUAUCUGUGAUGGGUGGCCCUCAGGCUGCUGGUGUGCUGGCUCAAAUUGAAAGGAGCAAUAAGAAAAGGCAAGGAGUUGAGUGGAGUCAAGAAGAUGAGGAGAAAUUCAAGGCUAGGGUUGUGGAAGCAUAUGAAAGAGAAGGAAGUCCUUACUACUCAACCGCUAGACUCUGGGAUGAUGGUAUCAUUGAUCCUGUAGACACAAGGAAAGUUCUAGGUCUCUGCCUCUCUGCUUCUGUGAAGCAUGUCCCUGAGGAGACGAAGUAUGGUGUAUUUAGAAUGUAAGACCGCGGUGUAGCAGUAUAUUCUGUCCAACACAAGAACUACUUGGGUUUGCUGGAUGGUUCAAAACAGGUACUAUCCAGGAACAGGGCUUUUCCAACUUCUGUUGGAAUGAGUUAAUAAGAUUUUUUUUCUACAUUGACUAGUACAGAAUAAGAAUGUCAAUAAAUGUGUUUUUAUGUACGAUUAUAGGCCUUUACCAAAGUCAUGCCUCCUUGUCUAUGACUAAAUUCUUUCAAUGAAGCCUGAAUUAAAGGGGUACUUCCCAUCUAUUUUCA